GUCGCUGAAACCGACAAUGGCCGCAACGCUCAAGGUUGUCGAGCGCCGUCGACGGGCGCCGUCGAGUCCGAUUCGUGUCCAAGCACCCGUGGUACCCGGUCCGGACGCCCUUCUCGGGCAGUGGCACAAGGCAGCGAUCGCCAUGUAUGACAUUCGGCGCGCCCUCGAGGUCCCUUGCGAGGCGCAGGAGCCGUCGAGCGGACAAUUGACAAUGGGGUUGCUCGAGAUGCCGCUCGAGAGCGACGAGUCGAUCAUUGCGAUGAACAAACGACUGAUUCAAGAGCGGAAUGCCCUCAUGCAACAAAAAGAGAUUUGGCAAGCCGAGCUGCAAGGCCAACAUGACAGUCUUCAAGAGGUCCUCCUAGCCACGCGACAGCUCAAGCUCAAGCUACAAACACAAGCGACACUUGAUGGGCCGAGCGCCUAAAUGCAUACCACCACGUCUACAGAAAUACUUCUCAUUGAGCGUGCGAGA